CAUGUCGAGUCUUUAUCAUUUCGCAGCUCGGGCAAUUCACUCUCGCUGGUUAAAGCGGUGGCCGAGAGGCCGAUCGAGAUGAGGACACACCAAAGCAAGCCAGUACACUCCCUCGAGUACACUCCCUCGAGCAGAAAGCAGAGCGGGGGCCUCGAGAGAGAAGCAGCCAGGAAGUAUGGCGGCUGGCGGUGGCAGUGGCGUGGUGAAGCACAUCGUGCUGGCGCGCUUCAAGGAGGAGGUGACGCCCGAGCGCCUGGACCAACUCAUCCAGGGCUACGCCGCGCUCGUCGACGCCGUCCCCUCCAUGAAGUCCUUCCACUGGGGAACCAAUGUGAGCAUCGAAAACACGCAUGAAGGGUUCACCCAUGUGUUUGAAUCCACGUUUGAAAGCACAGAAGGAAUCAAGGAGUACGUCAAGCACCCAGCCCAUGUUGAAUACGCAAAUGAAUUCUUGUCUGUAUCAGAAAAGAUCCUCAUAAUCGAUUACAAACCCACUUCAGUCAAUUGAAUAUGGAUUAUGAAGAACCUGGGAGAGCUUUCCUCAGUUCUCGCCGUCAAUUAUUCUUCGUACUGUUUGUUGGAGAAUUUUGUUUCCAGUUAUCCUGUGUACGCUUUCUGCUGAAUAAAUUCUUCUGCUUUGUUUCCUUGUUGGGAUUUGGGAAUCAACUUUGAGUUUUCUGUAACUGCAGUUGUAGUAACUGUGCACACUUUUUGUUCGUAUCAGAACCCAAAGACUGCUUUGCUCCCAUACAAGUUCCGAUGCAAGCAAUGAAUAUGUGUUUCUUUUCAACA